AUGGAGGUCGUAUUUGCUUUGGGUUCGAACGGCUCCGGUCAGCUCGGCAUUGGCCACAAAGAGGAUGUUUCCGUGCCGAAGCAGGUCAUAAUCCAUCCCGAUCCGCCAACCUCCUCAAUUGUUCAAGUUACAGCUGGUGGUAAUCAUACGCUACUACUUACGAAAACUGGUCAACUCUACUGGAGUGGUGAUUCUACACCUGGAGCCUGUGGACUAACGUCUGGUCCUGAUGUUGCCGCUUUCCGAGAACUUCAGCUCACCAAGAAUGGAGAGCCUCCAGUUGGGGAGGUUGUCUUGAUCACGGCGACUUGGGAAGCCUCGAUUAUCGUGGCCAAGGACUCAGAGGGCAAGAAUACACAGGUCUUUAGUUUCGGCGCUGGUUUGAAGGGCGAGCUAGGUCUAGGCGAACUCAUCGUCCGGACGCCGACAGCAACACGCAUUCGAGAAUUUCCUCCUGCAGGGACAGAAGUUGUCGACUUGGCUGCCUGCAUGGGACAUGUCGUCGCGGUUCUUGACAAUGGAGAUGUCUAUGGUUGGGGUAACACGAGGAAAUCUCAGGCCGGUGAGCCGGGCCAAGUCCUUCACGCUCCCCGAAAGAUCGAAGGUCUUGACUUCAAGGUUACACGGGCUGUCUGUGGUAGAGAAUUCACCUGUCUAUUCGGCGACCCACAAAGUGGAAACCUCAAGGUUCUGGGUUCAGACAAAUGGAAAAUUCAAUCAGAUGCACCCAAGACCUGUCCCGAGUGGAAAGACGUAGGGGCUAGUUGGGGAAAUAUCUUCAUCCUGGCAAAGGAUGGUUCUCUCCAAGCUUGGGGACGAGACGAUCACGGGCAAUUACCUCCCCCUAAUCUACCAGAGUUGAGCAAGAUUGCAAUUGGCAGCGAACAUGUCGUUGCUCUUUCUACUGCAGGCGAUGUUCUGUCAUGGGGUUGGGGUGAGCACGGCAAUUGUGGACCUCAAGUUGAGAACAACGACGUUAAAGGUCGAUGGAAUGUCAUUGCUUCGUCCAAAUUUAUUCCUCCAGGCUCGACGAUAGGAGGAGUUGGGGCUGGCUGUGCCACCAGUUGGGUAUUCAUCACAGCCGAGUGA